AUGAGCUCUCCACCGGCUCUCCGCUCUUCGCCGCCGGCGCAGCUGCUGCCGCCGUGGCGCCCUCGCCGCCGCCGGCUCGUCGUCAGCAGUCCCGCGCGAGCUUCUAGGCCCUCCUGCGUCCUAGCAAGUGGCUCCAGGGCGCGCUACGGCCCGCAUCCGCAGCCGCUGCCACGACUCGUGGCGGCGGAGUCGCCUCCUUCCACCUCGCUCGCCGCCGUUGGCGGCGUCCGGAGGGACGCGGAGACGGGGCUCGCCUUGCUCCUCGUCGUUCUCGGUGUGGUGAUGAGCUUCUUUCUGUCAGUAACCAUCUUAUCGUUUUCAGCAAGCAGAGCGCUGCAGAAGAUGGAAACUGCAGCAAAUAAAUUGGCAAAAGUAUUUGCAGAAGAGGUGCCUGGAACUCUAUCUUCACUAAAGCUCUCCUUCAUGGAGAUCAAUGAUUUAACUAGCCAGUUAAAGAACCUUAGGAAGAGGCUCGCAAUAAAUAGAUUUGGGACGAAUGCUAAUUCUAAAGCAAGCUCAAGUUCUUGGUAA